ACAAUACAAGAUGAAGCAAUGUAUCAUAUUACGUGUGUAUCUCUUCUCUGUGGGUUGUCUUGCAAAUUUUCACUUUGAUAGGCUAUUCCCAGUUCCUAUUGAUCAUUGUCUCACACAACUGGACAGAUCAGGGUUUAGUACAGCAAACACCGCAACUGAUUUUCUUCGUAGAUGUUUGAAUCAAUUCAAUAGCAACUUGACUAGUUGGGAUCAUCCGUGGAUUAUAUCUCUUUACAAAGGAAUGUUUAAAGCUUAUCAAUGUAAAAUUCAUCAAACCGAAGCAUGCAAGGAACUAAGAACGCGGAAAGAAUAUCGGCAACUUUCGGACAAGGAAAGACAUUUAUAUCACUCAGCCAUCCUGGAGUUAUACAAAGACACGAGCGUACCUCCAAAUAAAUUCAUGGCAUUGGUCCUCCUUCACAGAGACGAACAUGCUCAAGUGGCACAUGGUGGGCCGCCGUUUAUUAUAUGGCAUAGGUUAUAUAUUUUUAUGUUUGAGGAAGCUUUACGCCAGAUUAACAGCAAUAUUACUCUUCCGUAUUGGGAUAUGACUAUAGACAAACGACUUCCUGAUGCAGCGAUAUCCAAUAUUUGGACAGAAGAUUUCAUUGGAAACGGCUUUGGUAGAAUAACAAAUGGUAUUUUUAAGGGUUGGUCACAUGAUCGCGGAUUUGUAGAAAGAUACCUUGGAAACAACGACGAACUUCCAUCGAUGGAAACCGUAGUGAAUGUGCUUCAUUACCCAUUUACAAAAUUGGAGGUUGUACACAAUAAAAGCCACAGCUUUGUUGGUGGAGACAUGCGUGAUGCUUCAGUUUCAGCCAGUGAUCCUGUGUUCUGGUUACUACAUACAUUUUAUGACUUAGUCUGGGAUUACUUCUUGAAAGAGAAAGCCGGCUUUGGUAAAGACAUAACACAAUUAUAUCCAUCUGAUGAUAUCUAUCCAUUGAACCGUAGUAUUAGUUUAAUUCCUGUUACAAUAAAACAAGCCAUAGAGUUGAAUAUAUUACUCUCCAAGUAUGUAUAUACAUUUUCACCGCAACCGGCUUGUAAACUAAACAAACAAGGAUGCACUUCGCAGUACCUUACGUGUCUAAAUGAACAAUGCGUUCCAUCGAGCAGAGACUGCAACGAAGGUCCUGCCACUGACAAUUAUUGUAAGUAUUACAAGUGUACAGAGAGCUGGACAAUUGUUCCUUUAAAUAUAUCUAUAUCUUAUUCCAAUGAUGGGCAGCUGUGUGAAUCACCAUGUAACAAUGCAUCUCCUAUAAAUUUAUACAGUCAUGGGUUUAGACAGAUGACUAUUUAUUUGAACUCGACUGUAUCAGAAGUGUAUGUAGAAGCAGUACUUGAAAUGUUUACCUCAUUUGAAGAUAUUGCAGUCAUGGAUUCAUGUUCAAAUGAAUGUGACGCGUAUUGUUUGGUAAAUGAUAAGUACGAGCAAUGUUAUAAAGUAAAACUUUCUGAAGGUUAUGAGCAUAAUAUAAUUCCCAGCAUAAGCGGCAGCAAGGAUAACAACAGAAAGAGUAAAACAAGAAAGAGUAAUGCACGUAGUAAUCUGAUAUUCAAGUGUAGUAGUAGUAGUGGUAGUAGUAGCAGCAGCAGCAAGAAUAGUAGUAUGACAAAAUAAAUGGUUACGCCGAUCCCUCGAAAAUUAUAUGAAAUUGCUUCAUUUCUAUCUGUGUUAUGAACGUUAAUUUGCCAUUAAAAUAUUAUUAAACGUG